UUGUAAUACUAGUAGUUGUAUCAACUCCCCAGAUAGCAGUGAGUGGUUGAAAGAAAAUCAUUAAACUAUUCCAUGUAGCUGUACUAUAGUUUAGAGUAGCAAUGCAGACUAAGAGAGAACUUGCAGUGUUAGUGCUGGCUUGCAGUAUUGUACUGUUCUCUCAAGGAGCAAGAUGUUCUAACUUCUCACUCAAUAUAACUGUCACGAGUAACUCACCCCUCAACUGUAGCACUGGGCUGACUUACCCUGGUCCUGCAUUUAUUAGAGUGGAGUAUCGAUGGCUGGAGAGGGUCAAUACAUCAUUGAUACCUAACCAGUGGAGCACUCUUAAGACAAUGACUACUGAUGAUGACUAUAAUGUAACUGGACAUACUCUACAAAGUUCUGAUCAAGACAGCGUUGAUUCUGUGCAGCUGAGAAUAGUACAGCCAGAACAUGGCGGUGGAUUGUGCAACUGCUGGGAAAUCAGCAAACUGCUGGUUACAUUUGAUGGCAAUAGUUACUUUGAUCUCCUUAACGAAAUAAGAAGCUGUUAUAUUAACAGCAGUCGAAUCACAAUAAAUGAUACCGGUCCUCUACAGUUCUGUGAUGGUAGCGCAGGGGAACCAAGGGGUGUGGUGUUCCUCCCUGUUACGCUGGAUAAUGGCCAAACAGAAGGAUGUAAUAUGGUUGUCAAUGGUUCAGCUCUUGUUGAUAAGCAACCACCACCGAUGAAUUGCAAAGACAGUAACCCAAGAAUAGAGCUAUCAUAUGUGUUGGAUUUGACCCCAGAUGACUGUGACAAGAUUGAUCGCCAUAAUGAGGGUAUAGAGGUAUCGCUAGGCAACUGGGACAGAGACGGUGAUUGGAUUCCUCUAGCGUACCAUGAUCAUCAAUUAUACACCAAUAAUCCAUCAUUCCGAAUCAGAGACUAUGAUGUUCCUUAUUACAAUUGUAGUGAAGUUGAGUCAUUCAAGAUAAGUGUGUGCGGAGAUGACUAUCUCAGAGAUGGACUGCAGAUAAGAUGGCUGCAAUACGUUUACUUAAAAACAGGUGUAAAGAGGGACACAGUGACACUGGAUAAUGUGUCUAUUAGCUUGAUUGUGAAUGAAACCAGCAUCAGUCUACUGGAGGAUGGAUUUGAUCAGGGAUAUUUGAGCUCAAAUAAUUGGAAUAAAGAGAUCAGAAAUGGUGGCGUAUCUACUGAUUGCUCUGGUGGCUCUGAUGAUCACAAAAUAGUGUUUGGUCUCAACUGUACAACCUUCGGCUGUGAGAAAAGAAAAACAGACGCUAGUCGCAUAGCAACUACAGUCCCACUGAACAUCACUCGACUCUUAGAAACGUUUAAAGACAUUACCACAUCAACAGAAGAAGAGGUGAUGACAGCUACCACAGCUCCUGCUACUUCCAGCAUUGAUUCAUCUUUGGCUGAAGAGCUGGAAUCUACUAUCUCAAAUGUUUUAAGCAUUAUAAAUGAAAAUGACGACUUGAGAGCCAUCCUGCAAACACCUCCUGUUGAAGCAGUUACUUCUCUGCUAGACUUGGUGGUGAGGAAUGGUACAGAAGUUGACCCAGGAGUUGUUAUAUAUCUGCUCAGUGACAUUGUAAAUCAGGCGGCGAGAAGUAUCAAUGACAGCCAACAGUUUGGUCAGAUUGUUCUGGAAGUGAAUGAUGACUUGCUGAAACAAUCACUGAUCACUACUCAGUCCAGCGCCAUUGUCGGGAGUACACUGCUUGCUACCAUUGAGCAGCUGGCAUUUAACGUGCUUGUUCCGAACGAAAACGGCCUUAGCACAUCAAAUAUUGAACUGAUAGUCCAAGAGGUAGAACAAGAUGGGAACAAUGACUCGUAUUUCACUGGUAUUGAAACAACCAACGGCUCCAUCCGAGUGCCCACUGAGUUAGUGAGGAUGAUAUGUAAUGGAACUGGACCAGUCACUGUGGUUUCAGUCUACUACAGGAACAUGAGUGGACUGCUGCCCGGGACUCUGCCAGGAGAGAGGGACACUGUGUUAGCAUCUCCAGUGGUCUCCUCCAGUCUGCAGUGUGGGGACAAGAUCUUUGACGCAGCCAACAUUCAGCUCAGCCAGCCAGUCAUUGUCUCACUGAAACACUUCUCACAGUUUGCGCAGGAUAGCAGUGAAAUGAAGUGUGUUUUCUGGGAGUUCAUACUAGGAAGUGACUCUCGGCUAGUCAAUGGAAGAUGGAAUACUAAAGGCUGUGAGAGAAAUAACAGUCUCUCUAACUCCACACACACUGUGUGCGAGUGCACACAUCUCACCAACUUUGCCAUUCUCCUCAGCUCUCAGCCCAUAGUGGGAGGUGUGCAUGCAUUCGUACUGGGACUGAUUGACUACAUUGGUGUAUCACUCUCUGUACUAGCCAUGCUUGCAACCAUUGUAGCAUUGGUAUACCUAAGGUCUUUAUGGAAUAUGCGUAACUAUAUCCACAUCAACUUGUGUGUGAGUCUAAUUCUGGCACAGCUGAUGUUUGUGAGUGGGUUAACUCCUCACGGAGGAGGGGGUGUGGUGGAUCCUGGUUGUCGGACGGCAGCAGUUCUUAUGCACUACUUGUUCCUGGUGUCCUUCAUGUGGAUGCUCAUGGAGGGGGUGGUCUUGUAUCUGGUCCUCGUCAAAGUCUUCGUAAAACAGCAUGAACGGAAGUACAUUAUCGGCUUCACUAUUAUCAGCUAUGGUGCCCCUGUACUGUACAUGGCCCUCUGUAUUCCGUUGGGCUUUGCUCUAUCUGGCUUGGAGAAUAGCUAUGGCUACCAGGUGAUCAACAGCAAUACAACCACCAUAGUCUGCUGGUUGAACUCCAACACUAAUUUUAUUCUGACAUUCAUCGUGCCAGUGGUGGUGAUUCUCUUGGUGAAUGUUGGCUUCUUUAUCAUGGCAAUAGUUAUCAUAUGUAGACACCAAAAGAGGCAAGGGAAGCGGCAGGAAGUGAGUUCUUGGUUGAAAUCGUCUGUGUCACUGGUCACUGUCAUGGGACUGACAUGGAUAACUGGUCUUCUAGUGUUCGAGGUCCCUGCUCUUUUCCCGCUGGCGUACAUCUUCACGAUCUUCGUUUCAUUUCAGGGAGUGGCCAUUUUUAUACUCUUUGUGCCUCUCUCUAAGCCAGUGAGGGAUGCGUACUCCAAAUGGUGGAAGGAAAAGGUGGCAAAGCAUCGACGUCAAAACAUCAAGUUGUACAUUAUUUUGCAUUUCAGAGUACCACUCUCAUCAGUGUCAGCACCAAUGUUACCUCUCCAUCUUUGGACAGUCCGUUGAAACUGGAGUCUGAAAGAGUCAGAGUUUGCCGAUGAGUGUGAAGGAAGAAUACACUGAACGUUAGUCAUACAUUAAUAUUACUUAUAUUUGACUUUCACAUAGUAUAAUUACGUUAUACGUUAUAAUUAUUAUAUAGAAAUAGAUUGUUACUUUAUUAUAAUUAUAGUGUAGCUGUGCAAUAUCAAUUGUAAUUGUACACAAA